AUCACUUUCUCUCUUUAUCCUGGCCUCUCUCUCUAACCUGGCAUCACUUUCUCGCUCAAACCUGGCGUCUCUCUCUCUAACCUGGCAUCUAAAUCUCUGUCUGAUUUCCCCUAAAAAAAGAAAAUGGCGUUGUAUCUUAAUGGGUACAGUCACCUUUCAUAGGAAAGUUGUCGGCGACAAAUCUCCCCCAAAUCCUUUGCCCCCAUCUCUCUCUAGGAUCUGGAGGUCAGCUCACUUUAAUGGAUAAUGAACUCAUUAGUGGAAGUUACAGUGUAAUCGUAAUUCAUUCAUGGCCGUUACUUUCUCUCUCUAGGCACCUCUCCUCAACUUUUAUGAGAAUUGCUCCCAGGAAGUUACGUUAUAAACUCUGCCACACAGUGGUUAUAUUUCUUAAAGACAUGUGAUCUAUCCCAGCUUUUUAGCCAUUUAAGUACACUGAUUGUCUCCUCCAGUGGCUGGUUUCUCUCUCUCCUGCACAUUUCUCUCUCUCUUCAUUCUGUUUUUUUUGUUUUUUUCAUUUUUAUAAUUACUACUGCACCUUUUUUUUGGUGGGGUGUUCAUUUUAUUUGAUUUUUUGUUGCCCCCAUCUCUCAGGCGUUUGUUUGUGCAGUUAUGGGUCUAAAGGAGAGGUUAGGUGGGUAGAGAGAGAGAGGGGGAAAAGUUUUGAAGUUUCAGGGCGAUGCUCUGUUCUUGUUUUCUCUGGGGUAAAGCUUCAACAGGCGUUGCUUAGGGGACAAAGAUGGGGGCUUCCUCUUUGUUCCUUCAUGGGUUUUGUCUCUGUUGACAAACAAUAUGAGAAUGAAGCAGAGAGGGAAAUUUGUUGCUUUGAUACUGGUGCUGCUUCUGUUGAUGUUCACCUUCUUGUUUUUUGACACUCGAGCAGGGCAUUCUGGAUCUUCGACUCAAGAACUCAAUCUGGUUGUUCAUCCUGUUGUUAGAGAUCAAAUACUAAACGAGGGAUAUCAUGAAGAUGCACCGAAGUACAGCACAUCAGUGGAAGCAUUAGUUCCUUCAGGGUCUAUCGUUUUGUCACCACAAACAAUAGUGUCAAUGCCUCAUCUUGUCAGUGAACAAAUGCCCAAUAGUGGAGAAGCACCUAGUAAUGGACCAAUCUCAGUUCCAUUUCCUAGAUGGGAUUUCAUCCCUUCAAAUUUUAUCCCAUCAAUGCCUCCUUAUGUUGGAGAAAGAGUUCCCAAAGGGUAUCAUGGAAAGGAACCGAUUAGCAAUGAACUGUAUACCAAAGUGUCAAUGCCUCCUCGUGUCAGUGAACAAAUGCCCAAUAGUGGAGAAGCACCUAGUAAUGGACCAAUCUCAGUUCCAAUUCCUAGAUUUUUAUCGCCUUCAAGUGUAUUGCCUGUGACACCACCAUCCAUUCACCCAUCAACACCAAUCAUAGAGUCAUCUUUGCCUCCAAGUGCACCAUCUAAGCCCUCAGGCACUGGAAAUAACCACUCGAGAAUCUUGUCUCCAUCACCACAUGGACUGCCUGGGGAUUUCAUCCCUUCAAAUUUUAUCCCAUCAAUGCCUCCUUAUGUUGGAGAAAGUGUUCCCAUAGGGUAUCAUGCAAAGGCACCGAUUAGCAAUGAACCGCAUACCAAAGGAUUGAUGCCAUCUCCUCCUAGGGCAUCGCCAUCCAAGUCAUUACCGGUGCAACCUGGCAUUCAGCAUAUAUCACCAUCCUUGACUUUGGUUGCUUCAUCUCCUGUUAUAAGCAUCAAACAUAAACAUUCAAGGCUUAUCCCUCCAUCUGUACAAUUUCUUGCACCACAUGGACCCAAUGAAAAGAAUCGUAUUUCUCCCUCACCACGGGUUUCUCCAUCCUCCUCUAAUCAUAGAAGUGAUCAGCCACCAUUGGCAGCACCGCCAAUGGGAAUGUCACAGCAUUCAUUUCAUGGGAGUCAACCCCAAAUUAAAGGUCCUUCACCAGUGCAACCUGCAAGUGCCCCAAACACUGUUUCUGCACCACUCUCACAACCCAAACCUCACUCAAGCAAAAGAGUAAUCAAUGAUCGUAUUUCUCUCUCACCAUGGGUUGCUCCAUCCACCUCUCAUCGUAGAAGUGAUCAGCCACCAUUGGCAGCACCACCCAUGGAAAUGUCAAGGCAUUCAUUUCACAGGAAUCAUCCCCAAAGUAAAGGUGCUUCACCUGUGCAACCUGCAAGGUCCCGAAACACUGUUUCUGCACCACCCUCUCUCCCCAAACCUCACUCAAGCAAAAGGGUAAUCAACGGUCCAGCUUAUUCGCCCUCAGACUUGUUUUAUCCACCUUCUCGCCAUCAGGGUCCAGUGGUUCCUCUGGCUCCUUCUCCACUUACUCGGGAGCAUUCAAGCGUUUCUGCACAUCCUCCAGGUGUGGUUCCCAUGUGGAGGAAGCGUUUGCAUCCCCCCAAGCAUCAAGCUUCUCAUCAUAGAAGGGAUCAGCCACCAUUGGCAGCACCUCCCAUGGAAAUGUCAAGGCAUUCAUUUCAUGGGAAUCAUCCCCAAAGUAAAGGUGCUUCACCUGUGCAACCUGCAAGGCCCCCAAACACUGUUUCUGCACCACUCUCUCCCCCCCAACCUCAUUUUAGAAAAAGAGUAAUCAACGGUCCAACUUCUUCACCCUCAGACUCGUUUCAUCCACCUUCUCACCAUCAAGGUCCAGUGGUUCCUCUGGCUCCUGCUCCACUUAAUCGGGAGCGUUCAAGCGUUUCUGCACAUCCUCCAGGUGUGGUUCCCAAGUGGAGGAAGUAUUUGCAUCCACCCAAGUAUCAAGCUUCUCCCUCUCAAUCUCCCAGUCAAGCACCAUUCCCUUCAAUGGGGAAUCUGAGAAGUCCCCCAUCUUUGCCAUCUGCAUCCCCAAUCCAAGCUGCUCCCUCUCGCUCUCCCAGCCAGCCCCCAUUUCCUUUGACAGGGAAAGUGAGGAGUCCCUCAUCUUUGCCAUCUGCAACCAUUCCAUCUGCCCCAAGUCAAGGGCUUGUUCAUCCUCCAAGUAUUUCAUCUAUCGCACCUUCUCCAAAGAAGUCAAGAUCCCCUGUACCAUCACCAGUUCGAUUACUUCCACCUCCGCCUCCUAAUAUUGAUUGCACAGGGCUGACUUGCACCGAGCCAUACACUAAUACACCUCCAGGUUCACCUUGUGGCUGUGUAUUUCCCAUGCAAGUUGGGCUUCGCCUUGGUGUUGCACUUUAUGCAUUCUUCCCAUUGGUCUCAGAGCUAGCUCAAGAAGUAGCAGCUGGAAUCUUGAUGAAACAAAGCCAGGUCAGAAUCAUGGGAGCAAAUGCUGACACUGAGCAACAAGAGAAGACCAUUGUACUUAUCGAUCUGGUCCCACUUGGACAAAAGUUUGACAACACAACAGCAUUCUUGACCUUUGAAAAAUUCUGGCACAAGCAAGUGGUCAUCAACGUUGCACUCUUUGGUGAUUAUGAUGUACUUUAUGUCCGGUAUCCAGGGCUUCCUCCGUCUCCACCAUCUGCUUCCAUUAAUGUGACAUUAGAUGAUGGGCCCUAUGCAUCUUCUAACAUUAGUUCGAGAAAAGUAAAUCCCAUUGGUGUUGAUGUGAGGCACCGGAGACAUAAGCUUGGAGGCACCUUCAUUGCUAUUAUAGCCCUUUCAUCAGCUAUAGGUCUGGUUAUAUGUCUUGGAGCUCUUUGGUUUAUGCUUUUGAGAAAAGGAGGUGGUAGACACCAACAGCCUGCAGCAGCCCCAAGGACGCCAGUGGUACCGAUUGUGAAACAAAUGGGUGUUGGAUCCGCAUUAUCAGGCAGUGGGCUUAGUUCGGCAUCAUUGUCUUUUGGUUCAAGUAUUGCAACAUAUGCAGGAUCGGCUAAAACAUUCAGUUUAGGUGAGAUGGAGAGAGCUACAAAUCGCUUUGAUCCUGCAAGAAUACUGGGUGAAGGUGGCUUUGGCCGUGUGUAUAGUGGGGUCUUAGAAGAUGGAACAAAGGUGGCUGUGAAGGUUCUUACACGAGAUGACCAGCAAGGUGGGCGUGAAUUCUUGGCGGAAGUUGAGAUGCUUAGCCGUUUGCACCACCGGAACUUGGUCAAGUUGAUUGGUAUAUGCACAGAGGAGCAUAACCGUUGCCUCGUUUAUGAACUUGUACCAAAUGGUAGCGUGGAGUCCCAUCUGCAUGGUGUGGACAGGGAAACCUCUCCGCUAGAUUGGAAUGCACGGAUGAAGAUUGCACUUGGAUCAGCUCGCGGCCUUGCAUAUCUCCAUGAAGAUUCAAGUCCCCGUGUAAUUCAUCGAGACUUCAAGUCUAGUAACAUCUUGUUGGAGGAUGAUUUUACCCCCAAAGUGUCUGAUUUUGGCUUGGCCAGAGCAGCAUCAGAAGGGGGGAACGAACACAUCUCAACACGUGUUAUGGGGACUUUUGGGUAUGUCGCCCCCGAGUAUGCAAUGACAGGGCAUCUCCUUGUGAAGAGCGAUGUCUACAGCUAUGGAGUUGUCCUCCUUGAGCUCCUAACAGGCCGUAAACCAGUCGAUAUGAGCCAACCCCAAGGCCAAGAGAACCUAGUCACAUGGGCCCGCCCUCUCCUCACAAGCAAAGAGGGCCUUGACACGAUUGCUGACCCUGCCUUAGUUAAUAAAUACCCCUUUGACAGCAUGGCAAAGGUUGCGGCCAUAGCAUCGAUGUGCGUUCAACCCGAGGUUUCGCACCGACCAUUCAUGGGUGAGGUUGUCCAAGCCUUGAAGCUUGUGUGCCAUGACUCUGAUGAGAGAGAAGGUGGUGGCUCCGGAAGCUAUAGUCAAGAGGGACUCUCGACAUUGGGUAUCGAAAUAAAAGGUGGUUCCACUGGGCUUCAAGAUACAACAUCCUUUGUCUCAGCAGAUUGUUAUGAUACUGGAAUGGAAGCCGAAAGGGGGCUAUCAGGUUCAGAUGUCUUUAGUGCGUCGGCAAGGCUUGUGAGGGAGCUUUCAGGAUCUUUUAGAAGGCAUUCGAGUUCGGGGCCUUUAAUGAGAACAAGUAGGAGCAGGCAGCUUUGGCGUGGAAUUAGGGGGUUAUCGAGUGGGAGUAUGAGUGAGCAUCGGGCUGCCCGUAAGUCUCAUGGGGUCUUCUGAGAAUUGUGGCCAUCAUAAUGAUUUCUUAUUACACGGGAUUGAAAGACGAGGAAAAUGAGCAGCACGGAGUUUCAGUUGUACACUAGAGAGGUGAUUUAAAUGCUUCUUGUAACAAUUUAGGCAGGGCCAUGUUAAGACGAUGGCUGGUAUAUGCAGAAAUUUUUGGAAAAUAAGUUAUUCUGUUCCAUUGUGGUAAAUAAUUAGCCGCUGUAACUGUUGAGUAAAAAGGAAAUAUGAGGUGAUAAAUGAUGGGUGUCAGUUGAGGGCACCCACCUAUGUGUUUCUUA